AUGGAGGGAGAUCAGCAAGAGAAUUGCUGCCGCAGGGUGAUCAGCUUGGAGCUGCGUCUCCAGGCGCUGGGGCCGGCGGACUCUCCGCCGCAGCCCUUCGUCUUCACCUGCCACUACUGCGACCGCAAGUUCCACAACUCGCAGGCCCUCGGAGGCCACCAGAACGCGCACAAGCUGGAGAGGAAGCGCCGCCGGGAACAGCUGGAACACGGCCACCGGGGUCGGCGUGAUUCCGCUGCAGGUAAUUGUGAGGGCGGAGGAGCGGAGGAGAGACAAAGGGAGGUGGUGAGAACGACGUGGAAGGGAUCGCUUCUCUGCCCUUCGACCACCACCGGCGCCGCCGACGAUGCUGCCGCCGGAGAGAUUGACUUGUCCCUUAAACUGUAA